UGCGCAUGCGCGGGUCCGGUGGGGGCCAUGGGCAGGCGGCGACAGGGGCUGAGCGUGGCGCGGGAGAUUGAUGGACUGGAGGAGAAGCUGGCACGCUGCAGACAGAGCAUGGAGGAGGUGGAUCUUAAACUGCGCAGGGAGAAGCUCAGCCCUGAAGGAAGAAAGUCACUGGAGAGAGAGAGAAACUUACUAAUGACCAAAGCUGACAACUAUGCCAGGGGAAGUGACCUGUCUCUAAAAAGCUGCAGACCCCAACAGAAUGAGUGUCCACAGAGCUGUCUACCACUCAUCCUUCUGGGUUACAAACCAACCCAAAUUCUGAUUCUGCAACAUUCAAAAGGUGGCUACAGUUGUAUUUAAGUAAAUUUAAGCACUAGGAAAAGGUACCAAGCUGUUAGUCUAGAAGGUAGUAGCAGUAGUUCUCCAUCAUCUUCAUUCUCUUGGAGAAUAAGCAAUUAUUCUAAUAACCCAUUUUGUCCUUAGUAGGGUCCUAGAAAAAGGUCAUUUGCAAACAGGAACUGGUCUGGCACUGAAGUAUUCCCAAGCACAGCUAGAGAUUGACAGGAUGAGAGCAAAGGACAGCGUUCUUGAUAGUUUACUUCCCAUUCAGCACAUCUUAUAAUUGGCAGCUUUACACACUGAUCCCAAAAGAAUUACCUGUGGCCAAGGUAGCAUUGUGCUUUUAAGACAGUUUUGAAAGAUGUAGCUGCAACAGGAAGAACAUUCACAGGCAAGGCUUUUGUUUGUUUCCCAGAGAAAGAACUGAGUGUGCUUCGUAAGGAAAAUCGCAAGAACGCUGCCCUUGCUGUGGCCAUGGGGUUGCUGAUUGCUCUUAUUUACACCUGCUGGACAAUGUGAUUGCACUCAAGAAUUCUCCCUGCUGACCAAAUGACUCUCCUGCAAGGAGCUCUUCCUCCUCUCACCACUGUGCCUCCCCCAAGGGUGAGGAUCAGCAUUUCAAAUUGCUGUUCUUGUGUAUCCUCUCCAAGCCUCGUAGGAAACCUUUUUCUUCGAGAAUUGAGGAGGAACAGGAGACGAACCAGAAACCACAGCACACUUACAAUUGGAAAUCGGGUCGAGCAGAGUUCAAGGUAGGGCCGUCUUACCCUAAACACAGUAAAGACCAUCCAGCCUGAUGAGGGAAGGCAGUAUGUUCUCCCUUUUGAAGAGGACCUCUGUGGUUGCAGACGAGAGCUCUCUGCCCAGCCCAGUCAGAAUUCAUGCCACCUUCUUGGUUCCUGCAACUCAGCCAUAAGCUGAAGGGACACCAAGCUCUUUGAAUCAAAGAGUAACUUGGGUAUUGUUACCUAAAGACUUCACAUGUUUCUGGAGCUGAGCUAAACAAAGAUGUUUCCUCCUCCACACUGACUUACAGGACCAAAGGAAUCCUACCUCCAGAAAAACAGAUAGGAGGUAGAUGGGUGUCUUUCUGCAAGCAGAUGGCAUCCAACUUGAGAUCCGGGUGCUUGGGCUUUGAGACGACCUACUUACCUCUCCAGGGCAUCAGAGCUUGGUAGCCAUUUUGUGCCUCUGAGAAUCAACAGUUGCAGAAGAGAAUUGACUAUCAACUCCCAGGGAUGGAAGUGCCUCUGCAGGGGUUUAAAUAAAAUAAUUUGACCUUGUAA